GCUGGGGGAAAACACAUAAAUACUGACAGUCGAAGGCCCUUCUUGAUCCGUAUCUCUAGACUCCCAACCUCACAAGUUAUUCUAGAGUCAUAUCCACCACCCAAGUUCCAAUUACACCCACCUACCUUACCUUUCACAAGUACAAUACUUCGUACAUCUUGUACCCGGGAAGACAAAGACACCACUCCAAAAAAUGCGAUUCUCAAUGACACUCCUCUCCCUCGCCACACUGGCCAUCUCUUCAACGACAAUCCUCGCAAACCCUAUCGCCCAACCGGCGGCGGCAGAACAGCUCGAAGAUCACAAUCUUCUUUCCGCAGAAGAGACUGAAGUCAUCAAGCGCGCCGCAGAGAUUCUCGAGAACCGUCAGGGAUGGACGUGUUCGUUCUUGGGCGGCGAUAAGGCUUGUCAGGUCAAGUGCUUCGCGUUGAAGGGAACUGGUGGAUAUUGCAGCUCCAAGAAGUAAGCUCUCAUGAUUCCUUACCCUAGGUAGUCUGCGUCUUAUGUCUCUAUGGUUGUUGACUUUUUCAUAGUGUUUGCACUUGCCACUCCUGAG